UUUAUUCACAUUAGCAAGACUAACCGAAGUAUCAGCACCAUGAAGUUUUUGAUCCUCUUCAUUGCCCUAUUCGCCGCGGCCGCUGCCCUACCUCAGUUUGGAUUCGGCGGUGGAUUCGGUGAUCAGCAGCAGCAGCAGCAAGGAGGAUUUGGAGGUGGAUUUGGUGAUCAGCAGCAGCAGCAAGGAGGAUUUGGCGGUGGAUUCGGAGGUGGAUUCGGUGAUCAGCAGCAGCAGCAGCAAGGAGGAUUUGGAGGUGGAUUCGGAGGUGGAUUCGGUGAUCAGCAGCAGCAACAGCAACAAGGCUGGUAAAAACCAAUUCAUAGCACCGUCUUAACGCAGAUACCUCAAUAAAAAUAUGACACCUUUAUGAUAAAAAAACAAUUGGAAUUUUUUACUUUAUCGUUCUCGAAAAUUUAUGAGUUUUAUGAAAAUAAAUUUAUAUUUAUUAUUCAUUUAUAUUUAUUAAAUAGUGCCCAGAAAUAAAUACACUUAACAUAAGGGACAACGGGAAAUAUCUUCUCUUUCAGAUGUUCAAAUGGUUUUACUUAAAACAUUGUAAAUAUAAAUAAAAGCCAAAAUAUAAAAGCCAUAUUAUAAAUAUAAGCCAAAUUUU